AUGCAUUGGAUUUCAUUAAUCAGUUUUGCUAUUAUCAUUUAUAUAUGUCAAGCUCAACCUAGUACAUUUAAACAGUUUGAAACGGAAGGUGUUAGUAAAGAUGGUACAUUCGAUAUUGUAUCCGAUGAUAGUGGUAUUUAUGUAUCGGAAGCAGAAACUGUAGUUGAUAGUACAGUUCAGACUAUUAUUAGCCAUGCACCAAUAGUGGUAUCUGUAAAACAUGAACAAGAAGGACGAGAGUCGGUUCAAAUUGUGGCCAAUAGUGGUAAUAAGAAUUAUUGUUAUAUGAUUUUACCUCUUAUCAUUGCUGGUCUCAUGGCAAUUGUUUAA